GAAGCACAAUGAAUCGAGCAUAUACACGGUCUUAGAAGCACAAUGAAUCGAGCAUAUACACGGUCUUAGAGAACACGAUGUAUUCGGCAUAUAUUCGGCAUAUAUUCGGCGUCUGUAGUGGAAUAGACUCCUGGUACUGGAGCUCGAGGCUCGAACUUUGAUCUCGUUCCUGACAUCUCUCGUAUUAGAGUCAAUAGUGACGGUAGCUGGCUAUAUCUCUGUUGGAAUAAAUUGUUUCAGUUGGCUGAUUCCCAUACAGAACGUCAUCCAAAAGCAGAGAUAGGCAGGAGAGUGCCAUGAUAGGUAGGUUCGAGACCUAUGGCGACAGAGAGAGGGGGAGAGGCACAGAGAGAGAGAGAGGGGGACGGACUGAGUGAGUGAGGGAGGGAAACAGUAUGAUUGGGCGUGGGGGGAAAACAAGAGAGUGAGGGAGACAUCGCCCCUAGAGGCCCCUCGGACUCUCGGAGACACACAGUACACGAUAAUGAUGUCGAGUGACCUCGAGUCAGACUAUUGCUGCUGCUGCUGAUCAGAGUAGACCGCGAGCCGGCUUAGGCAAGCCCCCGAUUACUGUUGUCUUUGCUGCUGCAGACUGCAGAGUACAGUUCCGCUGAAUUAUGGACAAGAGCUUAUGCGCUAAUGUGGCAUUGCGGCCGUGAUCACCUGAUCAGAUCAUCGACACUCGUCCUCAGAGAUCAUCACACCAGAUCCCAUUCACCUGAUGGGGAUCUGCUGAGUGUAUACUCAUACAUACUCUCAAGAGCACCCCAACAAGAGCAUCAGAUGAGCGCACUCUGCCCGAUGUAGUUAAAUAAAAAAUAUAUCGUGAGCUUCAGGAAUGUCUCGCACCAGGAUCCAGAUCACUGCAGCAAAGCUGAAGUUUAGACCGAGCGAUCGAGCGAGCAGUGGCGACCCCUACGGCAGCAAGCCAGCGGGGGUAGACAGAGACUCUGCAGGGAGAAGAAGAGAAGCAGAGGAGAGGGGAGGUGAGCCUAGAGCAGGAGGCUACAUCUGGUGCCCAACCGAGGGAUGGCCAUGCUUUCUCGUCUGGGAUGCUUUCCUGUCUUCGGGAAGCGGGAGCGCCGCAACUUGCAGUACAAAUGCUUCUGAAGACUCGAGGACCGAGACCUGCCUGCCUGCCUGCCUGCCGGAAUCCCGAUCUUCUGCUCGAUCUGCAGCGCUGACAUUCAAAUGUGUGUCGUUUCGUGCGAGUCCAGGCUCAGCCCACGGCAAGAACCAGAUCCAGAUGGUCGACCCGGCCAUUCUUCUCGGUCCCUCGUCAGAUACUCUGCAGAGCCCUGUCGAAUCGCGCAACGGGGAACUCGGACCCCGGAACAAAAGAAAUCUCGGAUGGACCGAAUCACGCUUCCUACAUGCUGCAAAUCAUUUCAUGUGAAUGUUACAAACUACACGUUUUAAUGAGUCCAUUCGGCAUUGGCGAUUGAUGCAUCUCAUUAAUAAAAUUAAGGGAAAUCAAUAGGUGGAAGAUGAAUUUGAUGCGGAAUACUUGUAAAAUGUACUCCGA